GUUUGUUGACUUCCGGGAACGCGGCAGUUGCCGAUGUCCGGGGUGUCGCUAUGGGGACCCGGGGGGCUUCCGCAGCCCGCGUCGGGGCUGAGAAGCUGCCAUAGACCCCGCGGAGUCGCCCCCGCCACCUUCCCGGUUCAGGCGCAGGCUUCCCGCACCGCCUUCGGCAUGGGGGAAUCCGAGGAGGUGGUACCCGAUUCAGGUGCUGUGUUUACUUUUGGAAAAACUAGAUUUGCCGAAAACAUUCCCAGCAAAUUCUGGUUUAAAAAUGAUAUACCUACAGUUCUUUCCUGUGGAGAUGAACAUACUGCAGUUGUUACAGGAAAUAAAAAACUUUACAUGUUUGGCAGUAACAACUGGGGCCAGUUAGGAUUAGGAUCGAAGUCAACUGUUAGCAAGCCAACGUGUGUCAAAGCUUUAAAACCUGAAAAAGUGAAAUUCGCUGCCUGUGGAAGGAACCACACCCUAGUCUCAACAGAAGGAGGCAAAGUGUAUGCAGCUGGAGGAAAUAAUGAAGGACAGCUGGGACUUGGUGACACCGAAGAGAGAAACACUUUUCAUCUAAUUAGUUUUUUUACUUCCCAGCAUAAGAUUAAACAGCUCUCUGCUGGAUCGAACACUUCAGCUGCACUAACUGAGGAUGGCGAGCUUUUUAUGUGGGGUGACAAUUCUGAAGGGCAAAUUGGUUUAAAAGAUGUAACUAAUGUGUGUGUCCCUCAGCAAGUGACCGUUGGGAAGCCUAUUUCCUGGAUCUCUUGUGGAUAUUACCAUUCAGCUUUUGUAACAACGGAGGGAGAACUGUACACGUUUGGAGAACCAGAGAGUGGGAAGUUAGGUCUUCCCAAUCAGCUGCUUUGCAACCACAGGAUGCCCCAGCCGGUGCCUGGAAUUCCCGAGAAGGUGGUCCAGGUAGCUUGUGGUGGAGGGCACACGGUGGUUCUCACAGAGAAAGCCGUGUAUACCUUUGGGCUGGGACAGUUCGGUCAGCUGGGUCUUGGUACUUUUCUUUUCGAAACUUCAGUACCCAAAGUCAUUGAGCAUAUUAAGGAUCAGAAAAUAAGUUCUAUUUCCUGUGGAGAAAAUCACACAGCUCUGAUAACAGAUAUAGGUCUUAUGUAUACUUUUGGAGAUGGUCGAUACGGAAAAUUAGGUCUUGGACUGGAGAACUUUACCAAUCAGUUCCUUCCCACUUUGUGCUCUCAUUUUUUGAGAUUUAUAGCUCAAUUGGUGUCUUGUGGUGGAUGUCACAUGCUAGUUUUUGCCGUUCCGAGACUUGGUGGGACAGAAGAAAUUGAGUUAGAGGAAGUUAAGGAUGCUUGCUUCCAUGCAGAGGCUUCUCUGCCCCUCAGCAAUCUGAACUCAGGGAAUGUUUUGCAAACAACUCUAUCAGCACGUGUGCGGCGACGAGAGAGGGAGAAAUCGCCCGACUCUUUUCGAAUAACACGAACACUACCUCCACUUGAAGGGAUUCCUGUGCCACCUGUUCGCUUUCCCCCCAUUCCUUUUCCUUUCCAUAUGUCUGCAAUUAAUCUUCCAGAGACCAUGAUACCUGAAGAUGAGGACCUCAUGCAGCCAAUGGAACCAGAUUAUUUUCAAGAUAAAAUGACCACAGAGAAAGAGACAGACAUUUCUUCAGCAACAGAUUCAGAAAGCCUUGGAGAAACUACUGAUGUCUUAAAUAUGACACAUAUGAUGAGCCUGAAUUCCAAUGAAAAGUCAUUAAAAUUAUCACCAGUUCAAAAACAAAAGAGACAAGAAACAGUCGAGAAACUGGAGCAGCAUACAGCUCACUUUGAAAAUGAUGGUAGUAAAGAGCGUGCAAGUGAAGAGACGUCCAGAACGGUGAAAGAGGGGAAAGUAUAUAGACAGCUGGUGGCAAAGGGAACGUACAUGCUGCCAAUACCUGGGACUGGGCGCGCGUUUUCAUAUGAGGACUUAGGCGAGGAGUGGGGCCAGCCGGGGCCUCAGGCUGACACCCAUGCCGAGGGUGUGCGCAAAGAGAUAUUUAGAUGUGAGAGCAAGCACGGUAUUUACCCACCUGAUGGCAGAGAGAUAGAACGGAAAAGUGAUGGAGGCAAAAGUCUGAAGGACUCAGAAACGGAAGAAGCAGUGUCUGAGAGAGGAGCUGAGCUGCCGGAAAUGGCAGGUCUGAAGGAUAUGAGACAAAGUGAAGAGAGUUUAAGAAAUAUGAAUAUGUUCUUUGACGACUUACCAAAUAGAGAUGUGGAUAUUGAGGAUGAAGAGAGUAAACGCUUUGUUAAGGACGUUAGGAGGAACAAGAAAAAUGUGAUCUUUGACAGUGAAAGAGAAUCUAUAGACUCAGACAGUUACAUGGAAGGAGAAAGUGAAAGUCAGCAAGGUAUCACUGAUGGCUCUGAGCAGCUCGAGUCAGUAGAAUUUAGUAGCGGAGAGAAAGAGGAUGAUGAAGUGGAAACUGACCAAAACUUGUGGUAUAGCAGGAAAUUUAUUCAACAAAGACAUGAGGAAGAGACUGAACACAGAAUGUCCACAUUCAUCGCAAAAUAUAAUUUUAACUUUGGGCACUUGUCAGAGAUCCCAGAGGAGCAGGAAGGCACAGAGGAGUCAGAAGGAAGUGAAAUAGAGAAGCAAGAGGUAGAUGCAAAUGAGGAAAAUGUGGAGGUGCCCGAAGGAAAAGAGGAGAAGGAAAUAGAGAUCCUGUCAGACGACCUUACAGGCAGAACUGAGGUGAGUGAGGGCAAGGGAAAGCCAGGGGGAGAGGUGGAGGAGGAUGUGCCUGAAGCUGGAGGUGAGGGGGGAAUGCAGCGGGAGGGAAAUUCUGGAGUGGAACAGAGUCAGAGUGAGGAGGGGGAAGAGGAGGAAGACGAGGGAAGAGGAGAAACAGAGAGCCUGGAUAAGGGAGAGAAAGACCUAGAAGAGGAGGAGGACCAGGACCAAAGGGAGAGGGAACAAGACCAUAAAGGGACAGGGGAAGGGGAGGGGCAAAGAGAUGAAAAGGAAGGGGAGGGGAGAGAAGGGGAAGAAGACAGGGAAGAGGAAGAAGAGAAAGAAGGCAAGGAGGAGGGAGAAAGGAAAGAGGAAGGAGCUCAAGAGGAAGGACAGGGAGAAGGGGAAGAAGAAGAGGAGGAGGAGGAAGGGGAAGGAGAGGGAGAAGCAGAGAAAGGAGAGGAGGAAGCAGAGGGGGAAGGGAAGGAAGGAGAAGGGGAAGGAGAGGGAGAAGCAGAGAAAGAAGAGGAAGAAGGGGUGGAGGAAGAGGGGGAAGGGGAAGAGGAAGGGGAGGAGGUUGGAGAGGAGGAAGGAGAGGAUGAAGGAAAGAAAAGAGAAAGUGAAGGGGAAGAAGAAGAGGGAGAAGUGGAGGAAGGAGAGGGAGAAGGGGAGGAAGAAGAAGUGGGGGAAGCAGGGGAGGAAGGAGAGGAGGAGGGGGAAGAGGAUGAAGGGGAGGGGGAAGAGGAGGAAGGAGAGGGGGAGGGGGAGGAAGGAGAGGGGGGAGGGGAGGAGGGGGAGGAAGGAGAGGGGGAAGGGGAGGAGGGGGAGGAAGGAGAGGGGGAAGGGGAGGAAGGAGAGGAGGAAGGGGAGGAAGGAGAGGGGGAAGGGGAGGAAGGAGAGGGGGAAGGGGAGGAAGGAGAGGGGGAAGGGGAGGAGGAAGAGAAGAAAGGCGAGGGGGAAGAAGAGGUGGGGGAGGAAGAGGAAGAAAGAGGGGGGGAAGGGGAGGGGGACAAGGAAGAGGAAGAAGGGGAGGAGGAAGGAGAGGGGGAGGAAGCAGAGUGGGGAGUGAGGGAGAGGGAAGACAAAGAGGACGAUGAGGAAGAAGAAGGGAAAUACAAGGAGAUAGGAGAUGAAGAGAGGGAAAAGCAGGAAAGGCAGGGUGAAGGAAGAGAGUCCAACAAAGUGAGCAAAAUCAAAGGGUCUGUGAGAUAUGACAAAAAUAAGGCAUACCCCAAAAAGUUUACUACUAACACAGAGGGAAAGGGGAAAGAGCACAAGGUACAGAGGUUCAAAAUGCCAGUGCAGUCAAAACAAGUUUUAGAAAAUGGGCCACCAGGUUCCGAAAAAUUCUGGAACAAUGUAUUGCCACAUUAUUUAGAAUUGAAGUGACAAGCUUUAAAUUUGACCUGAUAUUGUCCAGCCAAAUAAUUUGAACAUUUUGCACGUAAUAGGCACUCAGUACAUCGUAUUACAUUGAUUUUAUGUCAUGGUCACUUUAUGUGUGGUACAGUAACGACUGAUAAGACAGCACAAAGCACUGGUAAAUUUGGCUCCUCUUAAGCCAAUAUUUUGGUAUAUUUUCCCUCUAAAUUAUAAAUCUAUCACUAGAAAAUGGUCAUAGCAGAUAGUUAACAUUAUAUAUUCCUCAUUAAGGGCAGAGUUAGAAAAUCGGAGUAUACUAUAGGAGUAUUGCGUUUAUAUAUACAAACUGGCCCCUUUAAAGAUGGCACAGAUCCUUAAGGGCUAUGAAAACAUCUCAUUUCUUACACAUUUCUUUCAGUCUCUGAUUACAAGUUGCCUAUACAUAGAAUAAUUUUAUAAGAUUUUUCUGAAGAUUUUUUAGGGCUUUCUAAAGCUAAAAUGGAAGAUUCACAUUUUUAAAAAGUAGUGCUGUCUUUUUACCUUUCAUGUGUCCUUUUUGCAACAGUUUACCAAGUGACAGCUGGAUUCAGGGCUCAGGUUGUAAUGUGAUGUCUUUCAGUUACUGUCUGGGCAACUGGCAGUGUAUCUCAUGAAAUGGAGAUGAACUUAAGCAUCUAUUCUGGAAGUAUGUACAACUUUUAAGUAUUUAUUGCCCAGGCAGAGCUCCCCACUGGGCUUCGGUUUCCUCAUGUGUAAAAUGGAGUAGAUUGGAUGAUAGAACUCCAAUCCCUUUUAACUCUCAGACUCUUUCAUUCUAACAGGCUGAUUUACUCCCAUCAUGUUUGUUAUUUGCAGAAGAGGUUUUUAAGGAAGAAAAAUUAUACUUUAAAAUUAAUUGAGUUUCUAUAAAAUAUUGUUCUUGACUCUUACAAACUUAGGACGGCUUUAAUGUCUCUUCUGUCAUUCUGUAUUUCUAAACUAUAACUUCUGAGCUUUAACUGUACUGUCAGAAUCUUCAUUCCCAGUGUCUAUGAUGUACCCUCAACCUGUUUUUCGCUGACUGUUCUGUAAUUCUCAGUUUAUUGCUUGUCAGAAUGUUUCAAGUAAAAUAAACAUUAAGUGUAUUCCAUCAGUAAUUGUUUGUGGAAAGAGAAACUAACAUCAUUUAUUGAAUUUUAGAGAGGCUGGAUUUCUAUUAGUGUAAAUUCAGUCUUCCCUUACAAUGUUCAGUUCGUGUAAUGCAGCCAGAUCGUUCUUUAUUCAUAGCUCCAUUUUCAAUGGAUUCACUGCUCCAGUCCCUUCCAUAUCUUGGGCAUUAGGGAUUUCUUAUACUUUCUUUUAUCAAGGAAGAUCUUGAUGGUAAACUUCCUGUGAAUUUUGUGUAAUGUGAUCCUCUGUGCAUUUGAUUCUCCGUGAGCAAGAAUCUGGGGAGAGAGACUAGAAUACGAAGAGAAGAAACUCCUAGGAGCAAUUGUAGAUUUUGUUUUAGCUGCAGGGAUACGUGGUUGCCGCCCCUAACUAACCAAAUAUGCUAAUCUGGCAUUGCAGGGUUCUACCAAAUUCUACCACAGUCAGUAAGUGCCAGUGGGGUAGAGUUGGUACUUUGACAAAGUGUAUGUGCUGUGUUGUCAAUUCAAGGGCCUACCAUGGUUAUUGAAAAGUCGACUUAAAAUGAUUAAGUGAGAUGGAUGAUUGAAGAGGAGUUCAUAAAGGAAAAGCCUUCAGGGAGAAAAGAAACUCUUGCACUCAAGUUACUAAUGUAACAGGUGUGGACAUUCUUCUUGCACCAAAGACGUCAUCAGCCAGCAAUGCUGAAAUGGAGUUCUUACCACGUGCCCAUCUCAGUAUUGGAACUGGUCUAGAGAGCCGCUUUUAAACAGCAUUUCCUGCCCAUUUCUUCACAUUGCCCUGGCCAAAAACAUGUUCUGUGCUCUUUUAGGAAGGGUAGCUCGUGCAGGCACGGUGUUCUGGUCAGAAGAGCACAGGCCUAGUCAUUUUGAGAUGUGAGUUAGUACUUGGUUAAAUAGCUUGGAAUAAUCGGUUCCAUUCCUUGUCAUCCCCAUCUGCUGGUUGAUCAAGCUUUUCUUGUCAUUUAUCACUGAUCAUUACUGAGGCCAGUGUGAGUUGUGUGUGUAGAGUCCAUUGAGUUACAGUUCCAGGUGAGGACUCUGGCAGAAAAAUAGUUCAAGGUAAGCUAUGAAGGAGUACCACAGAAACAUCUGCUGCCGCUGAAUAGCAGCUCUUGAGGUGAGUGCAAUGAAAUGUCUUCUGUUACUUCAUUAUAGAGGUAAACUUGCUCUUCACGUAUAUAAAGAUAAAAGACUGCCAUAAAGGAAGGCACUUGGAUUCCUCCUUCCUUCAUUCCUUCUGUUGUGCCUGACAUAUGGCUUCAUACUUGGUGCCUAUGAUUCACUCAACCAAUAAGCGUGUACCUAAGCACCAAAAAGGGAACAGAAGCUUUCCAAAAUCAGGUAGAUCUCCAGAAAUGAGGGCUGCUUGUAGUCCAACUCCUGUGGCCUUUUUACCUGUCAGGGACAUUAGGUAGGUACAGAUUGCUUGAAAGAACACCAGGUAAAAGGAGUUCCUCGGGCUCUGCCUCUAACUGUGGCUUAACAGUGCCCUUGUGUUUCCCAAUACCCCCGUGUUCUUAGCUAGGACUACCCAAACAGAAAAAUAGGAUCUGAAAACAAAUCUGUGGCUUUCUAGGCUGAUGGGAGCCAUGAGCGUGUUUCAGUGUGACUGCAGCCUAGAGUAUCUUUUGGUCCUGGAUAAGGAGGCAAAGGGCCUUAUGUGUUUAUAAAAGUUGUUAAACAGCAAGAGUAAGAUGAUCACAUUUGGCCUUUUGCAACAUUCUGGCAGCAGUAUGGAGGGUGGGUUGGAGAGGAAGAGGACCAGAGCUAGGGAUGCCAAUUAGGCUGCUCUAGGGGACCAGACAGAGACAGAAGAGGGGCUGAACUAGAACAGUGUGGACAGAGUCGGGGACACGUGUUAUCAAGAGAACUUCAGGAAUAGAAUUGGAGGGCUUAGUAAAGAGAUGUAAGUUGGAGGGAGGGAAAAGGCCAAGCUUUUCUUGUUUCUGUUUGAAGAACUGGGUAGGAAGUGUGCCAUUCACCAAGGCUGAGCACAGAGGAGUAGGGGUAGAUUCAGGAGCCUGCUGGGCCCUGUUCAUCCAGGAGGUGUCCAGCAGACAGAUACACGUCUGGGCCUGGAGCUCAGGGGAGAUGGCCGGGCAUUACCGACUUCCACGGGGAGUUAAAAGCAUGGAGUUGAGUGAGAGGCGGCACUCACAGUGUGCGAAGGGAAGAGAACUGAAGACAGAGUUUGAGGAAACAUCAGUAGGUAACGGAGAGGUUGAGCGAGGGAAAUCUGAGAAGGAGGCCAGGUAGGAACACUUUCCAGGAAAGAGAGGCGCCGCCCAAGCCAAGGAAGCAGUGGUGGAGGGCAGCAGAGAGGUCUGGGAGAGGCCCGGCAGAGGCCAGGCAAGAGCCCACACUGCCUGUUAAGAGAGAUCCCCAGGAAGCCUGCCUUGCAGAGAAAAAGGGUCAGGGACUUCGGUGCCAUGGGAAAAACCAUCUUAGACUUUUACCUGCAAUUACUCUAUAUGAGGCUAUAUAAGCAUAGGAUCUUGAAGUGAGCUUAUCAUCAAAAAGGAAGAGCCUACAAUGCCCUGAGUUUCAGCAGGUGGGGGAAACAGCUCUGAGGGUGGCAGUUCUGGUUUUCACAUUAUUUGAGCAGAGCUGGGAAAGAGCCUGGGCCCUGGCACCUGGUAGGCCUGCAUUCAAAACUCCAGCCCUUCACAGAUUAAGCUGUGUGAAUACCUGGAAAAGCUUUUGUUUUCUUUUUCUUUUCUUUUUUCUUUUUUUUUUUUUUUACUUUUCUGAGUCAUUUCUUUUUAUAAAGGGAAAGAUCUUUGGAUAGUUAACACAUGAAACAUGUUAGUGGUACUCAGCAAAUGGUAACCUGUGUCACUCUGUCCCCUCUGACUCCCAUCAAGUCAGGUGCAGAACUACCCUCGUGCAUCUCCAGGUCACUGACAGAUAUGUGUGAGUCUAGUCCUGUGAACCUGACUUCUGUGUAAAUACCACAUAGCUACCCUCUCUGCCCCCCCCAAAUUGGCUUAAGACAGAUCUGUGGGAAUGAAGUGAGUUGCAAUAAUGAUAAAUAUACCCUUAAAUAUGGGGUAGAGUGAAACUAGGCACACCGUCCAUGGGUCAUCCUCAACAUUUGAAGCAUGGUGAGAGCUGAUGGUACUCACACAGUUAGGCAUCACUGCUGUCACAGGACAACAGAUUUCCCUGUGUCCUAAUUUUUUUUUUUAUCAAGAUAGGUUAAAGAAUAACUCCACACAUAACAACUGCCUACCAACAAGAAGUUCUGUAUGCCAGGCAUUAUAUUCACUUUUGCAGGCCUGCUUGUCAGAGUCAAACUGGAAUGGAUUUGGCGGUGAAAAUACUGGGUUAGGAAUGAGCCAAGGGUUUUGGUACAUAGAAGGAAACGUUUAGGGAUUAUAAAGUAGUGACAAAGCCAAUAAUUUGGAGGUCCACCUGGGAGCCCAUAGGUGCAAUCUGGCCUGCAGACUUACUUUGUUUGGCAUACACAGUGAUUUUUUUAACAUUUGAGGCCAUUGCCAACAUUGAAAUACCCAGGAAUUCUAUACUGAAGCAGUGUUUUUCAAACUUCUCUUGGAAACCUGAGGCACCACUGGCCCACAGCCCAGUCAGAGUGGCCCUCCACUUCCGUGUCAUCCUGGCCUGCUCCUGACAGGCCCUGCCUUCUCCCCUGGGCUGCUCUAGGUGCCGGGCUCCUGGCAAGAAUCAAGGGGUAUGUCUAAGAGGGUAGAACAAAUAAGUGUACACUUUGAAUCAAUUACUUUCCGAUGAUAAGAUCUGGGACAUUAUGGUGAAAAGGUGUCCAGGCAUCUUGGGAUUUUUUUUUGAUAGUCCUCUGUGUAUACUAGGGAGUCUUACAAUCACAAAUAUGUUUUUAAAUUGCUUAUAUUUAUAUACAGAUACUUAUCCUUUGCUUUUGUUAUUUUCUCUGUAAAUAAUCUUUUUAAUCUUGAUAUAAACCCGCCGAGGUAGGUGUUGCUAGUGUCAUCCUCCCAUUUAACAGAGAAACUGUUACAUUAAUUAGGCACCUUGCUCAGGCCGUGAUUGGUGGAGCAGAGCUUGGAAAGCAGUAGUUAGGUCUUUGUAUUGAAUGCCCUUCCUUCUCUCCUCCUGCCUCAGUGAUUUCUAGGGUAGUAUAAACAUGAAGUUACAUAUUAACCCCUCUUGUCCUAAAAAACCUUGAAAUUGAGCUUUUAGGAUAUACGCUUCCCCACCUGGUAUGAUGUAGGUACAAAGUUUAAUGCUCUAUUAACCUAGCUGGAAAAUGUCUGCCCUAUAUGACAUUGAGGCGUCUCACAAAUCCAGAAUUGUAGCACAAAAUUUUACACUUUACAGUGUCUUUUCAAAACUUUUUAAAAAAACUCUUUAUUGGAAUAUAAUAUAUACAGAAAAGAUCAUAUCUCAUGCAUGUAUGUCCAGCUCAGUGUAUUUUCCACAAAUUGAACCUGUUCGUAUAGUCAACAUCCAGAUCAAGGAGGAGCACACUGUCAGCUCCCCAGUAGCUCCCCUUCAACCCUCUUACAGGCAUUUUCCAUCCCCCCCAGGGUGACCACUGUGCCAGUUUCUGAUGGCAACCUCUAGUUUUUCAAGUAUACGAUAUGAUGGUAUUCUUAAGCCAGCUGAAACCUCAUGAGGAACGUUUGGUUUCUUGGUAUUUCCCGUAAGAAAUGUAAAACGUGUGGGCCCUGGGCCAGAUCCAAGACUGCAGCUCCCCGUGUUGUGUCUGACCAAUGAGACAACGGUCCUCUUGCGAGAGCCAGGCCUAAUCACUUCUUCACUGUGGUCCCAACACAACAUGCGUUUCCACUGACCAUCCCAGACUGCUUUAUGUCUUAUGUGCUUCUGGUGACAAGAAUGUAUUUAAACUUUACCCUUUCUCUUUGUAAAAUGAUAGUGUUCUGCCAGUCUCUCCUAAAUUGUUUCGGUUUGAAGGUAAGUACUGUAUGUGAUUUAAAGUAGUUGUCCAGAUGUGAGUAGAUUAAUUUUCAAUGUGCUUAAGUGCAACAUGCUACACUUGAUGUGAUUUCUAGUGAAAAUGUUUUCUAAGAGCUUUCUCAAAUUGAGAAGAUGGUAUCAUUCCAGCAGUUGUUCGUUGUUGCAGAUUUUCAUAAAGUUAAUGAGUAAAUUUAUAGUUUAUUAUAAAAGAGAUGAGUGUUUUGCUUAUUUCUGAAAUAGGGCAAAAUGUCAUGUUCCUUUGUAUAAUCUCAUGAUAUUGUCCUAUGGUUACAUUAAUAUCUUAGUUAACUGGCAUGACUGGAGUUGACCCAGGUGCUAAACUAGCAGAACUUUCCAAGUGAAGAGGACUUUGCUGGAACACAGCACACUGACCCUCCCUCUGGGAGACAGUCAGUCUGAAAUUGUCCUUCUCAGGAACACUGUUCUUUUCUAGUUGGCCUUCAUUUAUGUACAUUCAUGAAUACAUCUGUCUAUCAGCCAUCAAUCCUAAAUCCAGUAAUCCUGCUUCCCAUUCCCCUCCAAAGUAGUCUUUGAUCAUUUUACAUACUCAUAAUGUGCUUAUGGCUAGGCAUAAUAUACAAUAGAAGUUGCUUAGGAAAAAAAAAAAAGAAAGCUUUAGAAAUUCUUGGUAAAUGGUAGCUACCUUGUAGUUAACCCUACCCAACCUAAAUGUGCAGCACAUCCUUUAAUAUAGCUCUCUACCCUGGCACCCUGUUUUCCUCUCCCGCUUUCCCCUCUCACAUGCACUGACCUUUGCUUGACCUAAGUCAAGCCCUCCCAGAGCAACUUCUGAAACUCUUUUAAAUCUCAAGCCUUCACUUCUGGAUUGCUUGUCCUUAGUGGCAGUGCUGUUAGGCCACACCCUUUUUGCUACUGGCCUGAGGAUGCCACUUACAUCUGUUAGUAAGGUGUGAAAUCUAAACAUAUCCUCUCCCUAGCCUGAGUUCUCACAUUUUGUAUUUUUGCCAGAAAAGAGAUGAGUUAAUUACAAGAAUUAUUUUCAAACCACCCACAAAAGAUUCCUUUGGGUGUCCAGCUUAUCCUUGGCCAAAUAGUGACUAGGAAGGUGACCAUAAGAAGCUAGUUAUAGUGUUGAAGGGAUAUAAAGGGUGUGUAUCGUCUGAGGCAGGUAUGGCCCAUGUGAACUUUGUAAAAACAUUCUUCAUGGGAGUAAAUGGCACAAGUUACUUACUGCCUCACCUGUUUUAGGGGCCAUUGUGCCUUUAGUGAAGUGCAUAAAUGAAAAGCAUAGGGAGAAAGUCCAGUAAGGAGCCUGAUCCCUUAAUGACAAAAAA